AUUAUAAAAACCAGAAGUUUAGAAUAGAACCGGCAAGCAAAUCACUCAGCCUAAGUCAUCCUACUUUCAAACAAUUAUUCUCAUAUCUUACCUGCAUUUAACUGUUUCAAGUGAGAAAUGGCGGAAGGAGUUCUCUUCAACGUAGCUGAGGGAAUCAUUGGCCAACUGGGCAACCUAGCUCUCAAAGAGAUUGGACUGAUCUGGGGUGUCAAAGAUGAGCUUCAAAAGCUCAAAAACACGGUUACAACAAUCAAAGCUGUGCUUCAGGAUGCAGAGGAGCACCAGGCGCUGAGCAAUGCCAUCAAGGAUUGGGUGGAAAGGCUGAAAGAUGUAUUUUUUGAAGCGGAUGACUUGCUGGAUGACUUUUUCACUGAAGUUUUACGGCGGGAAGUGAUGACCAGGAAUAAGAAAGCGAAAGAGGUACGCAUCUUCUUUUCCAAAUCGAACCAACUUGCAUAUGGUCUUAAAAUGGGUCAUAAGAUUAAGUCAAUUAGGGAGAUACUAGAUGCUAUUGCAGCGGAUAGGAAGUUCCACUUAGAGGCACGUCCUAGGGAGACACAAGGCAGUAGUAGGGGGAGAGAGAGUCAUCAUUUUGUACGUGCUGAAGAUGUUAUUGGAAGAGAGGUCGAUAAGAAAGUCAUCAUAGAACGUUUAUUGGAUUCCAAAAUUGAAGAGAAUGUUGCAGUCCUUCCUAUAGUUGGAAUUGGUGGACUAGGUAAGACCACAUUAGCUCAAUUUGUAUUCAAUGACGAAGAAAUUAAAAGUUAUUUUGAGAAAAAAUUGUGGGUGUGUGUUUCGGAUGAUUUUGAUGUAAAAACAAUUGUUGAGAAAAUCCUAGAAUCUGCAAAAGGUAGUAAACUAGGAAGCCUUGAAAUCAACACAAUGAUAAAUGAUCUUCAUAAAGAAAUUGAUGGAAAGAGAUACUUGCUUGUAUUAGAUGAUUUGUGGAAUGAUGAUUCAAAAAAAUGGGAUGGUUUAAAAGGACUUCUUAAAGGUGGUGCAAUAGGUAGUAGAAUAUUAGUGACUACACGUGAGGAAAAGGUUGCAAAGAUUUCGAAAACUAUUGAACCAUACUAUUUAAAGGGUUUAAAUGAAGAGGAGUCUUGGUCUUUAUUUAAGCAAAAGGCAUUUGAAAAUGGACAAGAACCAGAAAAUUUAAGAAUUAAGGAAAUUGGAAUGGAAAUUGUUAGUAAGUGUAGAGGAAUUCCACUUGCCAUAAAUACUAUAGGAAGCCUGUUGUACUUUAAAAUCUCAGAAGAUGAAUGGUUGGCCUUCAAGAAAAACGAAUUUCCAAAAUUAGAUCAAAAGGAAAAUGAUAUCCUACCAACACUUAAGUUAAGUUAUGAUCAUCUACCAUCACAUUUGAAACAAUGUUUUGCUUAUUGUAGUUUAUUUCCAAAAGAUUACCAGUUUGAAAAACAAGAAUUGAUUAGGAUAUGGAUGGCACAAGGGUUCAUUAAGCUAUCAGGUCAAAACCAAUGCGUAGAAGAUGCUGGUCAUGAGCAUUUCAUGGAAUUACUUUGGAGAUCAUUUUUUCAAGAAGAUAAAGAAGAUUGGUGGAACACAAGACCUAUUUUCAAAAUACAUGACCUCAUGCAUGAUCUGGCGAUAUCUGUAGUGGGACGGGAGAACAUCUCAUUUGGCAUAAAUGGUGAAAAAAUUUGUGAAAAAACACAUCAUGUGUCAAUUGGUUUUGAUUUAGCCUCAUCAUCCCAAAUUCCUGCCUCAUUGUUUGAAGCAAAGAGGAUAAGAACAUUCCUUUUGCCAUGUCAAACUUGGCAUCCAGAAAAAAUGGUAGUGAACCAGUCAAUGUGUAAUGCAUUUGUUUCAAAAUUUAUGCUCUUGCGCAAGUUAGAUUUGAAUAGUAUUGGCAUUAGGAGUGUGCCACAUUCUAUUGGAAAGAUGAAGCAUUUAAGGUAUCUCAAUCUUUCAAAUAAUCGUUACAUAAAGAUGCUUCCUAAUUCCAUUACAAGGUUGCAGAAUUUGGAAACAUUGAAUCUCGGUUAUUGUGUCAAACUUAUAGAAUUGCCAAGAAAUAUUACUAGAUUAGUCAAUCUUAGGCAUCUUAACAUUGAUAACUGCAAUAGUUUGACUCAUAUGCCACGUGGACUUGGGCAAUUGACUAAUUUCCGGUCACUAGCUGAGUAUGUGUUGAGUACAAACUCUAGGUGUGGUGGUGAGUUGAAGGAACUUCACAGAUUAAACCAGCUAAGAGAAAAUAUAAGGAUUAAAAAUCUUACACACAGGAAAGAUGCUGAAUUAGAAUAUAAGGCUGCAAAUAUGAAAGAGAAACGAAACCUUGAAGGCAUGGCAUUAGAGUGGAUAAAAGGAGAUGUCAAUGAAGUGGAUGUUGGGUACGAUGAGAAGUUACUCGAAGCUUUGGAACCAUUCCAAAGUCUUAAACUUUUGGAAUUAAAUGGCUACAUGGGAGUGAAAUAUCCAAGAUGGCUUUCGUCACUCAAAAAUCUUGUGCGCCUUACGCUAUAUUCAAUGAAGAAUUGCCAAGAUGUGCUUCCAUUGCAUCAAUUUCCUUUUCUCAAAACUCUUAGGUUGAAUGAUGUUCCUUCUCUUGAGUACGUAUCAUUAAUGUCAAAGAGUGUUAACCUUCCACCCCUAGAGUUACUAAAAAUUAUGAAUUGCCCUAAUCUGAAGGGAUGGUGGAAGAGGAGGAGCGACUCCAUCAAGGAUUAUGAAGAUGACGAUGAUAAUUAUGGUGAAAUAUCGAUGAUAAAAGCAAAGAAUCAUUCUCUGCCUUCAUUUUCUCGUCUUUCUACUCUACACAUUUAUGGCUGCCCUGAACUAUCUUCAAUGCCUUUAUUUCCUUAUCUUGAAGAACUAGAUCUGGAAAACUCUAAUUUGAUGCCAUUGGAGCAAACGAUAUCAAUGGGAAUGAUAAGUAUGGCAUCUCAAGAAAACACAAUAGCAGCAGUAGUAGCAGAGUCAAUCUCUUCUGCUCGUUAUUCUUCUUCUUCAACACUUGCCAACUUAUUCAGCCCUCUCUCCAAGUUAAAAUCUUUGCGUAUUAUUCUGAUAAAAGGCAGUGAUGGUCAUGUCCUUCAAUCUAUACAACAUCUCACUGCACUCCAGGAACUUUCGUUAUCUAAUUAUAUUGGGGAUGGGAUGGAAUUGGAAUGGCAAGGCCUGAGGAAGCUUCAGUAUCUAAGUUUAUAUGAUCAUCCAAAAUUGGCCUCUCUUCCAGUGGGGCUUCAACAGGCCACCUCUCUGCGACAUCUCACAAUUUCAAAUUGUCCAAGUUUGACAACAAUUCCGGAGUGGAUCUGCAACAUCAUAUCUCUUCAAUCACUCGAGAUUUUGCAUUGCACCAAUUUGACAUCAUUACCUGUCCUUACUUCUUUAAAGAAACUGGAGAUUUUGGAUUGUCCCAUCUUAGCGGAAGGUUGCAAGAGUGAGGAUUGGCUUGCUAACAUCCAAAACUUGAAAGGAGAUCUAGCUCCACCAAAAGAAGAAGAAUCAGAACAAAAUGAAAGUAUGAAGAAACAUGAACUUAAAUCUCAGCUCUUUACCAAAAUUUUUAGGCAUUGCAGUGUUCCAACAAGUCAAUAACUCAAUGAUGAGGAUCAUCAAUUGGUGAUAAGGAGAUAAUAUUUGUGGGGAGAAGUAUAUCUGGCAACAGAAUCAGCUUGUGUAGCUUGCGUUGGAUUUAGAUCAUAAAUUGAUAUUCAAGGUAGCAACACUUGGAUAAAGGACAAGUGGUUGCUAAUUGGCUUUCUCCUUGAAUUCGAAUGUUACAAAGGUGAAAUUGCUCUGGAAUGACUUGAGACAGCGUAUAUCCCUAAGGCUGAAGUUGAAUUUAGAAGGAUCCAUCAUUAUUCCAUAAAAAGGCAUUUAGCAAACAUUUUGGUCACAUAUAUGUUCAGGCAGAUACGUAGUAGAUAGCCACAACCUAAAUGCAGUGGAUAGUCACUUGUGAAAUGUAUAAAAAAGCAGCAAUUUAUGAGAAGGGUGUGGAAAUCAUGGGGAUUCCACAACGUGCUUGAAUAUGACAGACUUCCUUCUUAAAAAGAAUGAGUAUCAUUGAGGGAAAUGUAGAGGCAAGCAGCAAUUCAGGAGAUGGUUGGGGGAACCGUUUUGAGCUGUUUUGGCAAAUGGAUUCUAUUUCCCCUUUUCAAUGGACCCUCUCCCUGCUUUAAAAAAUCCUACUCUGCAAUAGAGUCCAAUAAGGGAGUUCUAAACUGAAUCUAGUUUUGAUCCUCAUUGAGGAUACCAAGUAAAGAGGUAGAGCUGGAAGAGGUGCCCCCUAAUGUGAUAUUUGGAGUGAAAAUCAGCACUUGGUGUUUCUGGGAUAAUAUUUGUGGGGAGAAGUAUAUCUCGUAACAAUACUGCAGAAUUAGCCUGUGCUGUUCCUUUUUAGGUCAAUCAAGAUGGAUGAACCUUUUGUAAGUAACACUAGAAACGAAUUAUUAUAUAUACAAUGGGCUUAGGACGAAUGGAUACAUAGAAGGUUUAGGUAUUGCCAUGGGCUUAGGUAGCUUGGGCUUUAUAAAUGGGCCUUCACGUCACAGUUGCACUACCUCUUCAAAUUUAGAUCAUAUUGACCUAUAUGGACAUUAUUGUGGUAAAUUCAGUAUGUUUAUUGGAAAGUUUUGAGCUGUUUUCAAGUUUAUUCACUUGGUUCUUUGAUUAUCAGAGGGAAAUGUAGAGACAAGUAGCAAUUUAGGAGAUGGUUGGGGAAAUCAGGGGGGAUUUUGCAAUAUGCUUGAUUAAGAUAACCUCACUUCUUUAAAGAGAUCAAGUAUUGUUGACUGACUCAAGUUGUUACUAAGAUGGCAGAGUCAAACAAGAAGUGGCAUAAACCUACUCCCUUUUAUUUGAUAGUGGUACUGAAUUAAUUAGAACCAGAUUCAGAAUUUACUGCCACAAUGACUUCUUUAGGUAUAAUGAUAAUAUGGUUGGAAAUUCAAAGCUGGCAACAAUAGCGUAAAGUUCUCCUGGAAUCAGCAUCUUAAACAAUGGGCUUGUAAUGAUCUCAAAGAUCAAAAUGCACUUAGAGUUCAAAUGGCAGGACACAGGUAAGGGGAGGAUCUUUAGAUUUUUGUGAAAGAAAUGCUCCUAUCACAUUAUUGCUGAAAAGGACUGAAUUGCUCCUAUGUCAUCCUAAUUCAUUUCUAUCUUGAUUUUAAAUUUUGGCUUCUAGAUUCAAUUUCCCCAUGUGCUUCUACUUCAAUCGUGCAUCGAGAUCAUCCCCUUAACUCUAGACCCUCUCCCUUCCAAAAAAAUCUUAUUCAGCAACAAAGUCCAAUGAGUGAGUUCUAAACUGAAUCUAGUUUUGAGCCUCAUUGAGGUUACCAAGGAAAGAGGCAAAGGUCGAAGAGGUGCCCCCUAAUCAGGUAUUUGGGUAAUCAUCCUCUUUUCACUGGACACCCCAAUAAGCCUCAUUUAGAUUGGACUAAUGCACUAUUUUGACAUUUUAAGUUAGACAAAAAAAAAAAAAAAAUUUAGUGAUGGAUUAUUUAAAUUUAUUCUCCAUUUGGUUACAGGAAAAAAAGUAGGAGGAAAAAGUAGAGAAAAAAAUUGAAAUAAGAAAGUCUUAAAUUGUUUAUCAGUGGGAACAAGAAACUAUAGUGAAUACUCCCUUGUAAUGAUGAGUUCAUUUUCUUUUAGUCAACAAAACAUCAUUGUAUAUCUCUUUCUCUCACUUAUCAGGAAAAUGCCAGGUAUUAAUGGGCAAGCUUCAUUCAUUAUAUGAAUCAAAAUGACUGUUCAAAUCCUAGACAUAGAAACUAAGACCAUAAGGAUCUAAAACUCCUAAUACUUCUACAAGUUCAUUCAUAUCAUUUUAAACUGAGUCCUCUAUAAAUUUCUCAAUUAUAAUUGCACAACUUCACUGUUGUUUUUUUUUACAAGUAUUGCUGAUUUUUAUUAUAUCUGAUUAUGCCUAUUCUUCCAACUGGGUUGGUUCCACGGUCAUACAUGCAAAAAUAGAAAAAAAUUAAAAAAGAAGUACUUGAUACUUUAGUGGCUUAAGUUCCUUAAUGAAGAUGUGUGCAUGCACAACAUAUGAAUGUAUGUGUGCAAGUAUUAUGCCUUUUUUCCUCUUUUUCUUACCACAUGGAUGUUUCAGGUCUCUGGCCUGGCAGCUUUGUAUAUAAGUUCAUUUUCUUCUAGAUGAAACUAUAGACUUUAAGAUGUAUGAAACCAUUAAAGAGGAAGUCAGACAUUGAUGCUUAUGACGCAAUAGGAAAAAUAUUAGAUGACCUAAAUGUAGAUACAGAAGUUGAUUAUGUUUAUUUCAAUCAAUUAACUUUAUUGAAUCAGCAAAUAUAUUUAAUUGAUUCUAAUUGUAUAUCCCAGCUGGCAAAACUUGAGCUUUGGUUGGACAAAUCAAAAGUGGGAAGCCAACAAUUGUCAGUUCUCCAAAUUGAUACAAUGAUCUUCAAGUGGGCAGAGCUCUUAUGGAUAAUAUGAAUCUCAAAAAUUUUCAAAUUAAAUGGAGUUGGGGAAAUUUGGUCUUGUCAGCCAAUUGACUAAAAGUUCAAAAGAAAAUGUUAAUACUUUCAGCAUUACUAUUUGACCUUGUCUGAAAACAUAGACCUAAGUAGCAAAACACAAAGCUUUUGAUGCUUCCUUAUUAGCAAUGACAGAUUCAGUUAAACAUUGACCUAAGUAAUAAGUACAGGAUGAGCUUCAUCAUGUAAGCUUUAGAUAUCCAACUAGGCUGGAUAUUCAGGUUUUCCAAGGCCUUAGCUUUGCAAUUCAUUUUGGCAAAGUUAAAUUUUAUUUUUAAGUUGUGUUUUACCACCUUUUUACUUCUAUAAAGCUUUAGCACCAAAGCAGUGCUAGAACUUUUUUUUAAAUGAUCAAGACAUAAUUGAAAAAAAAAAAAAAAAAACAAUUGUUGUCACUCUCUUCCUUUAGAAAGUCACAAUUAUUGGAAACAGUGGAAUUGGGGAAUGCAUAGUGACACAAUAUUUCAAAGAUCUUUUGAUCCUAAAUCAGGUCACAUGAUGGAAUUGAAAAUUGAAAGGUUAAAUUGAAGUGGAUGUGUUGGUAGAUUGUUCUUGUCAGUCAAGAAUAAUUUCUGUUCAAUGACACAUCCAUGCCAACACUGCAUAUGAGAAAGAAGGUAAUGCAAAUGAGGUGGAAAGCAAAGCUGCAUCAAAGUUACAAGUGCGCAAUGGUUUGUUAGUAGCUUCCGACAGGACUACCAUAUCAUGGUAAUACUAUGAGUAUUCCAAUUAUCCUGCUGGUAGAAGAAAUGGGUAGCCACUAGAUGUCCAAGAUACUACUUUAAACAAGGCUACAAAUACUCUCAAAGCUGAAUCUAAACGAAUAAAUCAAGAUGUACUGAACCAAGUGAUGGUGAAGCAGGCUACAACUGUCAUGACCUGUCCAUUAUUUGAAGAUGAUCAAAAUAAAAUUAUCAGAGAGAAAGGAGAGCUUGAGAUUUUGAUUGUGAAUUUGCCACUCGACAAACUGAGAAGGGCUAGUGUUUUCUGCUGCAAAGUUGGAAAUAAUAGUAAGGUCCAGGCAUUUCACAAACAUUUAGGUCACAUGUCAAGCGGAUAUGAAAUUAAUUGCUAUCGCCUAGUGGUGCAAUCGGAUGCAGACAAAUCUGUUACUAGCUUAAUGGAAAUUCGUCUACUAUCAAUGUUCCUGCACUUCAAUUCUGUAAGAGAGGCAAACUAGAUGCCUAGUUAUUAAUCUAAAAGCUAAUGAGGAAUAACCAGAGAUUAGAUCUCAUAGAGUCUUGCAUGUGUUCAACAAAAGAAAAACUCCUAGUACACUCUGCAAAGGCACCCUCCCACAACCAAGUGCGGAGCUAAACCUGAAACAACAUCUCAGCUUUUCAGGGGUAACAGUAGGUGUGCCUUGUCUACAUAGCAUUGUAGUACCAUGUAGGCAGAGGAGAGAGGACAUUAAGGGAGCAAAAUGUCUCGUUCGCAUGUAACAAUGGCCUUGGCCAAUAGAAUUUUAUCUAAUGUGGUGUACACUCUUCGCCUUCCCUUUAUAUAAGAGGAAGGAAAACUUGUAUUAA